UUGAAUAUGAGUGAUUUCUAGUCCGGAUUUCCCAAUUUGCAUUUCUAUUGCCAGUUCAAAUUUCCCCUCCAUCAUCAAUUGGUACAAUUAGGGUUCAUCUCGAAUUCUCCCUCGAAAUUUCUCUCCUUCCCAUAACAUGGAGAAAAUUCCUGCGGCCUGCGCCAUGGACUGGAGCAUUCAGCUUGAGAAAAGCCUCCGUUCUCAAAAGCCAGGUAAAUCUAUUGAAGCCCUAGAAGAAAUCGGCGGACGGCUGGAGUGGUGGAACAGCGAGUCAGAGCUAAGAUUUGCGGAGUACUGCAUGUUUGGUUUAAUCCCUGGCGAGGACAAGCUGUUCCUUAAUGCGAUUUUUCUGCGUUUAGCGGAUGCAUUUAGGUUAGGGAACAAACAGAUUAAAAAUGGUGUUGUUAAGCUUUUCUUGAGAAUGAAAAAGAGAAAGAGAAGAAAUGGGGAAGGUAUUUUGAGCAAGGGUAAACUGGAGAAUUACUUGGAACUGUUGAGCAGAGUGAAGGAAGUGUUUGAUAAAGGGGAUUCUGAGGAAAAGGCGUUGGCUUUGCUCUUGUUUGGUUGCUGGGCGUAUUUUGCCAAAGAUUGUGCCGAUAUCCGGUAUAUUAUUCUAUCAAGUUUAGUCUCUGGUGAUGUUCUUGAGGUGAAGGCUGCUUUGUUUGCCGCAGGAUGCUUGUCUGAAUUGUCAGACGACUUUGCGAAUGUUUUCUUGGAGAUACUUACUGUAAUAGUCUCAUCACCAGAGGUUUCAAGGGACCUAAAGUUAGCUGGAUGGAGAGCAUUCUCCAAACUAUGGUGCUCAUUUUCGCUUGCAGAGAAGGCAUAUAAGACAGGUUUAAAGCUUCUUAUGGAUUCUUCAGAAGAUGGCCUCUCAGCUGUGAUGCUAACUUCACUUUCCAGAAUAGCUUCUAGGUGGAUGCUUCUACUUCCUACUCAGAUAGAAUUGCUUGCAGUGUUUGUGAGUGAAGAGAGAUCUUUGCACAUGCAAGCUACAUCGUUAAGAUGCCACCGCUUCUUCCUAGCACGAGGAGUUUGUGAUUUUCCCUCAACUAAAGACACUGUCUACAAGUUAUUUGGCAUACUACACAGAUCAGAAAGUCAGCCACCAGUACAGCUUGAAGCUUUAAGAAUCUUGCAUAAGAUCCUUCUGUUUAAUUUAUCCAUCAUUCCUUGUGUGGAGAUUGCUGACCUUUUCCUGAAGCUGUUAGUCGUUGUUAAAAGCAUGCUACAGUCGAACAUUGUGUCAACCAGAGUUUUAGCUGUUAGAGUUCUGGCUGAUCUUUCUGGAAAGGUUUUGGGGAGAGAAGAUAUUGUAUCAGGUGGAAGUGGUCCUGCCCUGGCAUCCCAGGUGACAUCCUUUGUUUUAGAUCAGAUCCUUUUGCUGGUAACACCAGAGGUGGAUAUUCAUCAGGCUGACUUUUCUGUGGAGCUUGAGGUUAAAAGCUUGCUGUACAUCUUAUUCAACCUGGUUGAAAAGCAUUCAUACCUUCAUUGCCUUGUUCUAAACAAUAUAUGCUUGUUUAUAGACAAACUGAUAAGGAUGAUUGACAAAGUCAUGGACACAGGAAAAACUGGCUUGUCAAAUCAUGAAGUGACAGAAUUUGGUAGCCAUGGAAAACUAGUGGUUGAAUCAAAACUCAUGCUGUGUGUAUUGAAAAUUGUGGUUGUUUGCUUGCAAAACCUUGAACAAACUGAUGCUGAAACGAGCCAAGUUUUGGAUGAGCUGAAGCGUCAAGCAGAAAAUGUAUGCCGGUGCCGCUCUUUUAAUAGCUACAUCAGCAUGAGCUACUGUCUUUUAUUGCACCUGCAUUCUGCUUUUGUUUGCAUGUGGCGAACAGCAGAGGAAUUGAUGUCUCAUCAUAGAAACUCGAGUCUGUUUUCUCUUGAUUCAAUUCUUCAGCUUGAUAUAUUUGGUUUGGAUUGUGCCAAGAAGAUGUUAGGAAGACAUAGUUAUUGGUGUUCUUAUAAGGCUGGAAGAAAUGCUGCCUGUCAGGGGGCAUGGUCUACAGCUGCUUUCAUAUUUGAACAACUUAAGGGAGUGGUUCAUUCUGCUUCCUGUUCCUGCUGGUUGAAAUCUUUGGUUCAGUUCUCAACUGCAGAAAAGAAUAUUCAGUUGUUUGCCUUCCCUGAGCAAGGCAAUUCUAUUGCCCAUUCUGAAGGUAAUUCAGAUGCGACGGUAGGCAUUGCAUUGAUGAGUAACUAUUAUAACUACAUGGAAAUUCUUCUCAGAGCUUGCGAUGCACUUCGUUCUGCGGAAGAGACCCUUGCAGCCUCUGGCAUUGGGCAUAUGUUCAGUUUCCAGAGGUGGUUUUUGGCCGUCAGGGCCAAGGCUCUGGGAACUGUUGUCGAUGUGAUGAAGCUACUGGAUACAAUUUCCUUUACUCAACAUGGCACUGGCUCUGGUGGACAAAUAGAGAGACGCAUUCUGCUACCAGGUGCAACUUCCCAGACACUUGGUCCCUUAAUACACUCUUCUAUGGAGGUUUCUUGCCGGAUGACAAAAUUAGCUCGAGAAUUGGAUCUACUCUUGGCAUCUUUCAUGGGUAUGGACAGGCAAAGUGUGGCGAGUGUUUCUGCACUUGCAUUAAGCUGCUCACUUGUGGCCUUUACUACUGGUUUUGCCUUUCUAGUUCCAGACUUGCAUUCUUCAGAAAAUUAUAGGAUUUCUAAAUCUCAUAACUCGGUGGAGCCUUUCCAUGCCUUGCUUAUAGAAGAUUUAGUUGGGCGAUUGAGGCAUAUAGACAGCAAAACAAGGAAAAAUCUCCUGUUUCUUCUGAAGUCCUUUCGCAACAAUAGAGGCUGUUUUUUGCCAAGGUUCCAGUCUCGAGUUUCCUAUGCUUCUUAUGAGGCAAUAGUCUUGCACAAGCUCUGUGAGUAUUCUGUCGGCGAGAUUUUUAGAUUGCAAAGUGAUGCAAACAGAGUGCAGUUAUGUGAUGAUGCAGCAUCUCAAGUUCUUUAUAAUGUUCUGCAACUGCUGUUGGGCACUAUCUCAAAAUUGAUGUUGAUUCCUUUCCGGACUCCCCAUCACUUCUUUCGAGUAAGCCCUGCUGUUUCAUCUGAGCUCUUUAUGACGAAUGAAGAUGGUCAAAUUAUUGAUAGAUCAUCAGUUGUGUCGGGGUUCCAUCUCUCACUGAGUUUGUGCCUUCAGUUGAAGAACAUGCCAGCUAGCCUGCCAAGUCAACUGAAAAAAGUUUACUGCAUUCUUAUGUGUAAACCACAUUCUCAUAUAACAACUGGAACAGGAGAGAGUAAAGGGCAAGCCCAAUUUAGAAGGCAGGAUCACGAAAUUGAUGAUAUGAUGGACUUGAAUGAAAAGCUGCUCAGACACGUCAUUGGUUCCGUGGAAAGACAUGGGCUGCACACUAGAGGCCAACCCGAUGAUUCUAAGAUGGUAACUGAAUAUGUUUGUUUUGAACUAAAUCAACGAGGUCAAGGGUUCUCUACUUGCUUGCUCGACGUUGCUUCUUUACCCGUGGGCUCUUACAGAAUCAAAUGGCACAGCGGAUGUAUAGAUAGUGGAGGUUCUUAUUGGAGCCUGCUUCCUGUGAAUGAUGGCCCAUUGUUCAAUGUUCACGAUGGGACAACCGUGAGAUGAUUUUGCUAAAGGAUUAAUGGCUAAUGAAGUUGUCCAAGUGAUAUAGAAGGAAUUGCUGAUAUAUGUCUGUAUGUA